CUUAAGCUUGAAGACUAACCACAUCUCCAGAGAGUUAAAAAUAAUAAAAUCAGAGGAAAAGGGGAGAAGAGAGAUUGAAAAGCUUUAGAUCUGCCUUUUGAAAAAUUAGGGUUUUGAGUGGCAUGUCUGCUCCGUUUUAUUCUCCGGAAGAUAUGCAGCAAGAGAUUGGUCAAACUCUUCCUGGGUUUGAAACCGAACCAGUUCCAAUCAGUACUUACCAAGAUACUGAACCUGUACCGCUCUCAACAUAUCGAGAAAAUGACUCAGACCCACUCCACACCACUCAGCAAGAGAAGGACGACUUCUGGGACAAUGGUUUCAACAGGGAAGAGGCCAUUGAAAAUCCAGAGCCCAUUCAAGCUAAUGAAAAUGGAAAGAGAAGCGUAGACAACAGCUCGUUCACUCAUGGGGAAACCGAUCUCAACCAACUUCCAGGGAUUCCUCCUGUUUCAACUGGUCAAGGUCUGCCCUAUGCUCCUGUUGAUUGGCCAAGCCCCGGUGAUGUUUGGACUUGGAGAGUCGGUAGGAGAGUGACUGCUCUUGGGUUUCAUCAGGAUAGGUUUCUGAUUCUCCCUCAAAGGCUUCAGCAAAAGAAUGCUCCAAAGUCUUUCGCCAGCAAAAACACUCUUACUCGCUAUGUCCAGUCGACUUUCCCAGACAUGGAUGUUGAUGCAUUCUUUGCAUCGUUUAGCUGGAAGAUUCCAGCUUUAUUCCAGCCUGCAAACAAAGUUGAUGCUGCUUCUCUUUUUGAGGAGACACCAAAAGAAGUACAGGCCGAGGCUAGCCUUAAUGGUGAGAAUACUCAGGAUGUGAAAAAAGAAGGAAACUCCCGAUACAGCCAGCGGCAGAGAAAACCAAUGCAGACACAGACAUAUGAACCUGUUGUAGAGAAAACCAAAGCAACUCCCCGAGGUAACAGCAACAAGAAGAAGAAAGGAGCCACAACUCCUGCCAUUGGACCACAAUCCUCGACCAGACCCAAGUCAUCUCGGCAAUCUGCAAGACGCUCUUCAAACCAGCAGAGCGGUGGUGCUGUGGACUUGAACUUCCUUAACGAGGAGGAGGGUGAACCUGCUACUGCACCAAACACUAGUGGCAGGAAAAAGAAACGCAGAGUUAACUUUGAAGACGAAGAUGUUUCGAUUCCUCAUAUCUAUGUCUCUCCCAUGAACGGUGUCCUUGCCGUCUCGCACUCGCCUGUCGAUGUCGACCCGGUGGAGUUUGACAGCUACCUGAACUCUCUUGAGAACCUUCUUCAUCAGGCUCCAGAAGAUGGUGGGGGAGACUCGUCUGUGCUUGUGAGUGCAAGCUCUCCAAUGAGAGAGUACGAAUGGGCUGAAGCUCGGAUGAAGAUUUCAUCUCUUCUGGAGAAGGAUUUCCCUGCUCUGUUCGUCUCCCAGGAGGCUGCAGAGAUAGCAGCGUUAGCAACAAAACUGAGGAAAGAUCCAAACCUUUCCGCUGAAGAGAUUGUGAGGCUGAAGCUUAUUGAAGAGAUUCCAACGUUCAGCGAAGUGUUCCAGGAGAACAAAAGUGUGAUUGAAGAAGCAGAUAGGUUCUUCUCUGCGCUGGAGCUUAACAAGGCUAAAGUAGCAUCUCUCAAAUACGAAUACAGCGAUCUGAAGCACAAGCUAGGGAGCAUCCAGAUGGAAGUAGACGAGAACUCUGAGGAAAUCCGCCGGAUCGAUGACCAGAUCGCACAGCUUCAAGCUAGAAGGACUGAGUUGAAGAAGUACAUCGGGAACAAGGAGAAAGAGAAGGUUGAUCUGAGCUACGGUCAGAAAAUGGUGGCGAACUCGAUCCCUAAAGUGGUACAGGAAGUUCAAUCAGCUAACUCGAAGAAGCCAGAAUGGGAAUGUAAGAAAGAUAAUGCUCUUAAGCGUGAAGCAGAGAUCCUCUCUAAAUUCACUCCUCUCAAAGGCUUCUUCCUCUAAAUCUGGCCUUGUCGUGUAAUAUUUAUAAUUAUCUGACCUUUAGCCAGUAGCGUUUUUUUUUUGGGUUUAAUAUGUUGCAGGCUCUUGAAACCUCUUUUGUGGAAACUUUCUGUUAGUCGAUAAAGACUUAGACAACUUCUUCUCCUGUCCUGCUCUGUUUGGUGACCUCUGUUUCGUUAUUGAGUUGGUUUGAGGUCUCAGUUAAGUCCGGUUUAAUGUAUUGAUGUUCUGCAUUUCUGUAACAAUAACAUAAAACGUUUCA